UUUGCCUAAUUCCAGGGUCUGUCGGGUCCCUGAUCGUCCAUUGAUUAUUUGGGCUCAAGCGCGGUUUUUUGUUUCAUCCCGCGCAGAAAAGAAAACCGCCCUCUCCGCUGGCUUGCCGGCAAGUGGAGGCAGGGCCAUGGGCGACAAGGCGGCGCUGGCCGCGCUGGGCAUCGCCGAGGCGCCGCCCAAGGCGGCGCCGCCCGAGCCCAGCGGGCCGCACUUCACCUCGGCGGCCGAGGACCUCAUGAAGAGUGUGGCAGAACUCUUAAAGCGGAAGAGGUUACGGGCCAGCGACCUCUUUAAGAAGAUCGAUUCCUCUGGCGACGGCAACGUCACCGGGGAGGAGCUCCGGAUGGGCCUCCAUGACCUGGGCUUCAAGCUCUCGGACGCCGACCUGGCCUCGAUCAUGGCCGUGAUCGACAAGGACGGUGGAGGAGAGGUCUCGGUGAAGGAGUUCGAUCGUGCCAUGCGGGCGGCGGAGAAGUUGCCCUCCAAGAAGGAGAAGCACGAAUUGUCCAAAGGGAUCCCAGCCAAGAAGGCGGGCAUCACUGAGGAAGAGAAAGAGGAGUUCCGACAGAUCUUUUGCUUGUUCAAGCAGUUGACCCAGGCCCGCUCCGCGGCGGGCGCGGACGAGAAUGUGGCGCUCACCGCGUGGAAUGAAACGGGCCACAUUGGUGCCGAUGAUCUGGAGACGCUGCUAGAGGCGGUUGGCUUGAAGUUGAGUCCCUUGCAGAUGGAAGCGAUGAUCGGCGAGAUCGAUGUGGACGGCAAUGGGGAAAUCGACUUUGGAGAGUUCUGCAACUCAAUGGCUCGGCGGAUGAGCUCGCGGCUCGGCAGCGAUGAGUUAGCAGCGCUGGUCGCAGGGUUGUUGGGAGACGAUCGAUCAAGUGUCAGGACCUACAUGCACGCCGAGGUCUCCGAUUCUCAAGUAGAAGAGCUCCUGCAGCACUACAAGGAGUGCUUCGUUUCGACCCCGGAGAGUGAAUGGGAGUUCUUCAAGUACAAAGACUAUAUCGACCUGAUGUCCCCGUUGGCCGAUCGCCAGCCCAGCAAAUGAGCGGCAGUGUUUUUGCUGGUGCAUGACAUGG